AGGGGUACCACAAUUCAAAUUUUAAAAGUUUGGUCAAAGUCCAAGUUAAAAAGUUAACGCAAAUUUUAAAAUUCAGGGAUAAAUAUUGAGUAAGCUUUAAAAUAGUUUUAGUUAAUUAACUCUACUUUUAGGUGCUUGAAUUUGUUAUAAGUUAGAAGAUAAAAUGUUCCUGUUAAGGCAGACAGUCAGCAAUGCGAGGCAAUUAGCCCCCAACAUCAGAGCAAUGUCAAGCAAAGGACCCUUAGUAGAUUUGACAGUGGACAACGAUGGUGUCGCGAUUAUGACACUGCAGAGACCUCCAGUGAACAGUCUCAACCUUGACCUUUUGACAGAAAUCAGCAAAUCUCUCGAUGAAGUGGCUAAGAACAAGAGUAGAGGAAUGAUAUUGACUUCUUCGUCACCAACGGUAUUUUCAGCGGGUCUGGAUAUAAUGGAAAUGUACAAGCCCGAUAUAAAAAGGGCCGAAGAAUUCUGGACUACCCUCCAGGACGUGUGGUUCAAGUUGUUCGGAUCAAGUUUUCCUACUGCUGCCGCUAUUAAUGGUCACGCACCAGCCGGCGGUUGCCUCUUAUCAAUGUCAUGCGAAUACCGAGCUAUGGUGAGCGGUAAAUUCACUAUAGGGCUUAACGAAACAGCCCUAGGGAUAGUCGCUCCCAAGUGGUUCAUGGACACUAUGUGCCAAACUAUUUCUACCAGGGAAGCAGAAUAUGCUCUCACUACAGCAAGAAUGUUUACAGUAGACGAAGCGUUAAAGGUAAGCCUUAUCGACGAAACCGCCACAGACAAGGCCGACGCAAUCGCUAAGUGUAAAGGCUUCAUAAAGAAGUUCGAAAGAAUCCCACCCCUAGCUAGAGCUAUCACUAAACAGAAGAUACGGGAUGCACCAAUCAAAAGCUUGCAAACAACCAGACAAGCUGACACACAAGAGUUUCUCACCUACCUCAAAAACCCCAAAGUUCAACAGAGCCUUGAAAUGUACAUACAAGCGCUUAAACAGAAGGCUGCCAAGUAAACAAAAUAUUAUAUAAUAAAUAAGCAAAAGAGUGUCAUUUAGACCACCUGACUGAAGUAAAACUUUUUAAAAAAUAAAGUAAUAAAUAAAAGAGAAACUUAAACAUUAGUAGCGUUUAGUAGCGCCAUCUCUCGAGGCGGACUUGCUUUACUUCACAAGCUUACUAGGUAGUUCACAACUAUCCCGGUAAAAGACUAAACGGAUUCAGCGCUGGGCUUAUUUGUGUUGUGCCGUAGUUUAUAAGUGUUACUACAGAUGGCGCUUUUAAAACGUAACAGUAUGUUAUUGCGAUUACACUUUUCGUAACGCCAGAUUUUAACCAGAUAAUUCCCCAAGUCAAGCGUGCGUAAAGAAGUUUUACUUCAAAAAUCUCUGUAGACUUUAAAAUAAUAAAGGCUAAUCUAUUCUAAUGUUUAUAGAGGAAAAUAUUUUUGUAACAAAUAGGUUCCGACAGAUAAAAUAAUACUGGAACGAUUAAAAAAAUCUCUUAUCAAGAGAAAUCUUCAUUAUCAGCGAAUAUCAUAGGCGUAGGCGUAAUUAAAACGUGACAUUAACCUUUACUAUUUUAAAAUCUUCAGUAUUAUAGUUUGACCUAGUAAAUAUAUUGUAAAGUAAUUAAAUAAUAAUCAAUUACAUAAUAUAUAUACAAUUGUUGUGAUUUAAUAUAAUCAAUUAUACUCAUAUUUUUACAACCAAUGUAUUACCUACCUUAUUAGCAAUAAAGCCUUUUUUGUUAAAA